AUGAAAUUAACAAAAGAACUCCUAAAAAGCGAAAUUCAAUUUAAUUCAGUACAAAAAAAAAUUAAUCUCCCAACAAGAGAUGUUUUUGAUGAUAAUCUUGGCGUUCUUGCUGGUUGGGGAAUAUCACACGUUGAUUAUACAAUGAUUUCUGACAGAUUGUUGAAAAUUCCGGCAACACUAUUUAAUUUCGUUUCAUGUGCUGCAGAAAUACCGUUUAUUGUUUAUGAAAAUCAAUUUUGUUCAGUGCAUUCGUCAAAUACUACAGGGCCUUGUCCGGUUGAUAGUGGUGGCUCAGUAGUUAGUAAUGGCGAACUUUAUGGUAUUAUUUCGAUGACUGAACAUUGUGUAAAUGGAUCACCUGCCGUACAUACAAAAGUUUAUUCAUAUUUAAAUUUUAUUAGACCUAUUUUGAAACAAAACUUAAACGAUUGA